AGUCAGUUGGAAAACAAGAGUCCUUGUAGCUUGGAGAGCCAGCCGACCGUUUGACUUCUCACGGAAUUCAACUUCAAGAAAAGAAAAUUCAGGGUUUUUUUUUUCUUUAGCAAAAGGAGGCCGGGUACCUUUCACCAGUUUCCUCAGUUAAAACAUUCUCCUCAGUUAUAGUUUGAAUUACCGCCUAAACACCUGCUUAGUGUCAGAGUUUAGCCGAGAUCAGCUAAAUUGUGGCUGCCUAGGCGCUGUAUGUGCGGUAACAACAUGUCAGCGCCUUUACCUGCCAUCGUGCCUGCUGCCCGGAAAGCCACUGCGGCGGUCAUUUUUCUGCAUGGCCUUGGUGAUACUGGGCACGGAUGGGCAGAGGCAUUUGAAGGCAUUAGAAUACCUCAUGUGAAAUACAUCUGUCCACAUGCUCCUACAAUGCCUGUUUCUCUCAACAUGAGGAUGUCCAUGCCUUCAUGGUUUGAUAUCUACGGGCUGAGUCCAGAGGCCGAUGAAGACGAGGCUGGUAUCAAGAGAGCGUCUGAAAAUGUUAAAGCUAUGAUAGAUCAAGAAGUGAGGAAUGGGAUACCUUCACACAGAAUUCUCCUGGGUGGAUUUUCGCAGGGUGGAGCGUUGUCUCUGUACACGGCUCUGACAUCUCAGCAGAAGCUUGCCGGUGUGGUCGCGCUGAGCUGUUGGCUUCCCCUCCGUAAAUCCUUCCCUGAGGCGGCUGCCAACAGUGCUAACAAGGACAUGCAUGUCCUCCAGUGCCACGGGGAUUCCGAUCCCCUCGUCCCGUUUAUAUUCGGCACCCAGACGGCGGAGAAGAUCAAAAGCCUCAUCAACUCGGCCAACGUCACCUUUAAAUCGUACCACGGUCUACCUCACAGUGCCUGUCCAGAGGAAAUGAUCGACGUCAAGCGUUUCAUAGAGAAACAGCUUCCUGCCAUCAGCGACGAGCCCACAGAUACCUGGGGUUUCCUGUUACCCUGAAGAAAGGCCUGACUGACACAAUGCUGCAUCUCCUCUAGAGCCACAAGCUCCACUCAGUGUUACUGUAGAGGAACAUUAGGUGCUUGAUUGCAAAGCAUGUUGCCACUGAGACGAGCCAUUUUUGCAGGAACUGUAUGUGUUAUAAUAACUAGGGCUGAACUUUGAAGUUUAAUACUGACACUCUCACAAUAAAUGGGCUGCUGUAAAAAAAAAAAAAAAAAGCUUUUGAAAUUCAAGUAUUUAUGAGCGAUGUAUCCCUUUGGCUACAUGAGUUGCUUUAGCAAAAUUGCCAUUUUGUAGAGAUGUAGUGAUCAGGCAUUUUCUGGAUGGUACAGAUUUUCCUUGAUGUGCUGAUUCCAUUUUCAUUUCUUUUCUGUUCUCAAGACUGCGACAAAUAAUUGAAAAGUAUUUUGCAUUUCCCUUGACAGAGGGAGUAUUUUUGAAUCCUACUGAAAGUAAACCCGGAUUGGGUUCCAGCACCUCCGGAUAGGUAUCAAAGACAGAACUCGCAUUUUCCUACUGUUUUUCUCUUUACUCAAGAUAAAAAAAAGAAAAGAAAUGUACAUUAUUUUGCUUUCAGAUCAUCCCAUUUACUUUUGAUUUGUCGCACUAUUUUAUUGCUAUUUUUGGAGUUGAUGACUACAAAUCGACAGGUAAAUGUGCACGCAUUACAGAAUAAAAAAAGGGCCAUUUCAGUACUA